UGUUACUCUGCGUGACGCAAGCCUCGCGUCAACGUGUGACGCCGUGUCUCUUUGUUGGUUCAGCUGCGGCGGUGCUUGUGUUGAUAUUUUCUCUGCGGCUGAAAAAUAAAAAAGCAGUGUGGGUUUUAAAAAAUACAGAGAGAGAGAGCUAUCUGAACGCUUUUUCACUCCCCGGAAUCCGACCAUUAUAUGAUAAUGGACUCGGACGAGGGUUACAAUUAUGAAUUUGACGACGAGGAGGAAUGUAGCGAAGACAGUGCCGAAGAGGAGCCCGAAGACGACACCCUGGAGCUCGAGGAGGUGGAGCUGGUCGAUCCUGCCGAGGCCGGCGGCGAGCGGGACGUGUGUGGAGAGACGGGAGGCAGCGGUCUGGGGCCUGGCCAUGAAGAAGAGGAUUAUCGCUUUGAAGUUUUAACUGCAGAACAGAUUCUUCAGCACAUGGUGGAGUGCAUCAGGGAGGUCAAUGAGGUCAUACAGAACCCAGCAACAAUUACAAGAAUACUACUUAGUCACUUCAAUUGGGAUAAGGAGAAGCUGAUGGAAAGGUACUUUGAUGGAAAUUUGGAGAAGCUUUUUUCAGAAUGUCAUGUUAUAAAUCCUAGUAAAAAGUCACGAACACGUCAAAUGAAUACAAGAUCCUCUGCACAGGACAUGCCUUGUCAGAUCUGUUACCUGAACUAUCCCAAUUCGUAUUUCACGGGAUUAGAGUGUGGACACAAGUUCUGCAUGCAGUGUUGGAGUGAAUAUUUAACUACCAAAAUAAUUGAGGAAGGAAUGGGCCAGACAAUUUCCUGUCCAGCUCAUGGUUGUGACAUUCUAGUGGAUGAUAGCACUGUUAUGCGGCUUAUUACAGAUUCAAAGGUCAAGUUGAAGUAUCAACAUUUAAUUACCAAUAGUUUUGUAGAGUGUAAUCGACUAUUAAAAUGGUGUCCUGCCCCUGAUUGUCAUCAUGUUAUCAAAGUCCAGUAUCCAGAUGCUAAACCAGUUCGUUGUAAAUGUGGGCGUCAGUUCUGUUUCAACUGUGGAGAAAAUUGGCAUGAUCCUGUAAAGUGCAAGUGGCUUAGAAAAUGGAUUAAAAAGUGUGAUGAUGACAGCGAAACCUCAAACUGGAUUGCAGCUAACACUAAGGAAUGUCCAAAAUGCCAUGUGACUAUAGAGAAAGAUGGGGGCUGUAAUCACAUGGUGUGUCGUAACCAGAACUGUAAAGCAGAAUUUUGUUGGGUUUGCCUUGGACCUUGGGAACCUCAUGGAUCUGCAUGGUACAACUGCAAUCGUUACAAUGAAGAUGAUGCAAAGGCAGCCAGAGAUGCACAGGAGAGAUCUCGAGCAGCACUUCAGAGGUACCUUUUCUACUGCAACCGCUACAUGAACCACAUGCAGAGUCUCCGUUUUGAACAUAAGCUAUAUGCUCAAGUUAAACAGAAGAUGGAAGAAAUGCAACAGCACAAUAUGUCAUGGAUUGAGGUGCAGUUUCUGAAGAAGGCUGUGGAUGUACUUUGCCAGUGUCGUGCCACGCUUAUGUACACUUAUGUUUUUGCUUUCUACCUCAAAAAAAAUAAUCAGUCCAUAAUUUUUGAGAAUAAUCAGGCAGAUCUAGAAAAUGCCACAGAGGUGUUGUCUGGAUAUUUGGAGCGUGAUAUUUCACAGGAUUCCCUACAAGACAUAAAACAGAAAGUCCAAGAUAAGUAUAGAUACUGUGAGAGUCGGCGAAGAGUGUUGUUACAACAUGUGCAUGAAGGCUAUGAGAAAGACCUUUGGGAAUAUAUUGAAGAUUGAAGAUAACUCCGCUUACAAUGAACUUUUGGAGAUUAACUUUACCAACUAGAAUGCUGAUGCAAUUAAACUGAGUGUCACACAUUGUUGACACUGCUGGUCUGCUACCCAAUCUUGCAUCUUUUUUGUUUUGUUUAAUGGAAAGUUUAAGUAAAUUAUAUUGUAAUAAAACAGUAGUUACAAAACAACAGGAUACAAAUUGUAUAACAGUAUUGUAAGCGGCAGAGUGGAGAAUGUGAGAAGACACUGAAAAAAAAAACCCUCCAAGCUUGUAACCUAGCUUCCAUAUUCAAAAUGAAGCCUUUUUGUUCCCAUUUUAUUUUUUUAUGUGUAGGAAAUGGAUUUACAUUUUGUUUUCAGAACAGCUUUCAAUGUCCAAUUUACCAUGUAGGUUGUACAUGGUUUUAAACCCCUUUUAGUUGGUGAAUGUUGAUUGGCUAAUGACAAGGACACAUUUUAAGGGGUAAAUAUUUGUAUAUGACUUACAGACAACAAAAGAAAAAAAAUCAGUAUUUUUCAAAUUGUAAAUAAUGCAUAUGCAUGGAGAGUUAAAGAGCAAGUGUGGCACGUGUUUGCAUAAUUUUUAAAUUACAAAAAAAUAUUUAUUCUUUAAAAAUCUUCAAGAUGAUGUAUAUUUGCUGUGUAAUUUCUUAAAUUGUUUCCUCCCUUUUAAAACCUGAUUUCUUUUCAUGUUACCAUUGUGUCUAAGCGGAAGUAUGGGUACAAGUCAGAGCAUAAUGGGUAUGCACUCCCUGUUUUCUCAUUUAGCAUUUCUGGUCCUUCAGAAGUGUUUGAGAUGGAAAGCUUUCAGACUUUGUCUUUCUUAAAACAGCAUCUGUGUUAGUUACACUAUUCCUGGUAUUGCAAAUACCAUCAUGACCUAGACCAGGAGUGUGUUUUAAUGUCUUUUAUAAGGGUGUAUUAAUAUAGUUUCCUAAAAUUUAACAAAAUAUAUGCAAAAUCUCAGGCUUUUUAAAAUCAACCUACAGCAAUUAUUGCAAUUAUAAGAGACCUUUUAAAGAUUUAACUCAUUCAGACAUCUGAAAGUGAAUACAGAAUUUUUUAGUAAGGACAUUUUAAGUCCGCCUUAAAUGAAGUGCAACUAAUAUCAAUUAAUGUGUAAGUUUUUAUGCAGAAAUUGUGUGUAUCUACAGCGAUGGUUUAAAGAUUCUGUAGUACUGACUGAAAAAAAGAAAAAAGAUUAUACUACAAAGAUAAGCUGAAGUUUUAUAAUGAAAGAACUAAUGGUAUUAGGGUCAAUAACAUCAUUUUUCUCUUUUUAUGCUGCUUUUUUCAAACAUUUCACAAUGGUGUUAAGAAUCAUAAUGCUUAAACUGGCUGCAGAAAAGUUAACCUAUUUAAGAAAUAGUUAUUACCCUUGUUCUGUACAAAUCCCUUGGACACAUUUCAUUAACCAUGUAAUGGAAAUGAUGAUCAAGAAUUUAUAUUUGCUUCAUACCAAAAAUGAAGCAUUUUAUUUCAAACCAUUUCUUGAAGGCAAUAGUUGCAGCCUCUUUGUCACAGUUUGAUUUUUAGAACUUACCGUUUAAUUUUCCAAUAAUAUGCCUCAGUGAUUUUUUUUCUUUUUUUAAUUUUUGACAGCUCAGUCACUUUCUACAGAGCAGUAGUCUGAAUUACUCUGUAAAAAAUACAGAUGAUUUGGGUUUGUUUGGAUGAGUGAUGAAAAUGAGAGGUGGAGAAUGUGUUUAUGUAUGAGUGAGUUUCAAAAAAAAAAUAUAUAUAUAUAUAUAUAAUUUUUUUCUCAGUUUUUGAGAGAAAAACAAAACAUUUUGAGAAAGGAAAGCCUCAAACUUAGUGGUUUAAUAUGUUAAAAUAUUAAAAUAAAUCUUGAAAAUAGUGAAACUAUUUGACUGUACUAUAAAAAUAAACAUUAUGUAAAAUAAAUGUUGCUUAAUAGUCUUCUAAACCAAUCCUUUUUUGAGGCAUUGCAGUGAGGAAAAUACUUUGUUUUUGGUUGUGCUUUUCUCUUACUAAAUACCUGAGAAUAUACUUCAUAUUUUUGCAUUCUAAAAGAGAAAAAGUAGAAUGUUAUGACUCAGGAAUGUAUGCUUCGUGAUACCAUUUCAUUGUGGAUUUAAUAACAGAUAGUACUUUAUUUGUCCCAAGGGGAAAUUUAGCUUUUUCAUUUGGACACAAGAACAUUUUAUAUGUUGUCAAAGGUAUAAAACUAUUAAUUUCAAACUUUAUACUGAUUUUCUUAUUGUUUGGCUUAUAGCUCAUGAUCACAGGCUUCUUACAUUUUUAAUGUCAUUUUCCGUAGUGCUCAUGUUGUACAGAACUGUGCCUCUAACCACAAUAGCCUUGUGGGUUCUUUUGAUCUUUCUUUCACUCAGUAUAGAUAAGAAAUCAGUAAAGAUUUACUCAUUUCAUACUGCAAAAACCUACUACAACUAAAAUAAUUUCUGAUGAAAAAUAGCAACAAGACGGAGCAAACACUAUUUUAUGAGCUCAAUUUAACCACCUGUGCAAUGUAAUACCAAAAAGGCACCACGUGUCAGCUUUGUUGAAAUUAUGAUGAAUUUUUGAAUACAAUGUCCUUCAGCCCUGUAUUCGGUCUGAAGGAGUAUUUGCCUUUACCCUUAUGGAUAUUUAGAAUUUCAGAUAGAGAUAUUGCUGAAAGCAAUUAUGUCAUGACAGGUCAUGUGAAAAGACAAUUUUUCCCCUGGGACUAACAAAGUAUAUCAAAUCAAAAUAAGAAAAAGCCUCACAGAAGUAGAACUGAUAUCAAAUGAAUACAUUAUUGUAGACUAGGAUUAGUGAUUCAGAAAAUAAAAGUUAUUGAUUCUACUCUUAUCAUAGAACCAAAUUUGUAAAUCUUUUGCAGACUGACUUUAAUGAGUCCUAAGACUUGUAUACUACCUAGGAGAUAUAAAAAGUUUGCCAUUAACAGGACAAAGGGAGGCUAAUAAAGGCUCACAAGAACAGUACACAGCAGUUUGUGUCUGUUUCCUACUUUCCCUCUAAUGAAUGUAAACCGUUUUUUCAUACUCUAUAUUGAUGUAUGGUUAAUGAAAGCAAGUACUAAUAGGUAUCCUAUCUUUUAUCUCAGAAUUCUUAAGUGCAGUUUGUAAGAAUCAAUAGGAAACACUAGAAGAAGAGGGUGGUGUUUCCAAAAUUCUAAAAGGAUUAGGGAGAUUUGCUAGUCGCAACAGGACAUUUAACUGCCCAAACAAGCUGCUGCAGCAUGUAUACAAGGAGCUUCUCACCAGAAUCUAGUCACAGUAGGUCAGUCUGACACCCAAAGAAGAUCUGCUGUAUUGGCAUAAGAAGCUACACACCAAAGGUGGCUUCUUCAGAUAAAAACCCAAGAAAUGUGUGUUUCAUUUUUGCCUGUUAGUUUUUGAUGGAUGUUUUACUAGCAAUAAUAAUUAUCACUUUUUAUUCAUUCUGUCUAUCAUUCUCAUCAUUCAUCUUAAUAAUUUUACAAGUUUCUUUUUCUCUUGGUAGAUAGACUCAGAAUUCUGGGUGGUUUAUAUGACCAUUUAAAUUUCAGGUUAUUCUAAAUAUGCGGUCUGUUAAACUGCAUAGCCAGAAGUGCACGCCCAAAGAAAUAAGUAGCUGGCCUUAGAUCUACAGCAAACUCAGUCUGUCCCAGAAAGUCUGUGGAACAGUAAAGAACAGGGAUUAUGUAUUUUGAUUAAAAAAAAAAAAAAAAA